AUGCCCGCAUGGCGCCCGGACCGCGGGCCCCCGGGCCCCGCGCAGCCCCAGAGCAGUCCACGGAGGCUCCGAGGGGGCGGGACCGGGGAGGGGGCGGAUCCGGAGGGCCCGGGCCCCGCGGGCGGGCCCGCUCCCUCCCCGCCGCGCAGAGCCAGCGGCCGGAGCCGAGCCCCCGCACGGUGCUCCGCGGUCCCUCCAGCCGCGAUCGGCGCUCAAGCCUCGGCUGUGGCCGCCGCUGUCCGACGUGUCACUGCGAGGGCCCCGCCCCCGGGGUGGGGUCUCGGGCUCCAGCUACCGGAGAGGGAGGAGAAGGGGAGGUUAAAGGGGAAGGCCCCCCGGAAGUGCCCCCUCCUCGGCGCCGGAGAGGGAGGCUCUGGGGGCGGAGUCCCCCGCCUCCCCCGGCGUGGUUGGUGCGUCCCGGGUGACGUCAGAGCGUCCCGCCCCUGCCUGGAUGGUGCGCCCCGAGUGACGUCAGGAGCCGAGGCCGGAGCUGUCCAUCAGCACCAAGGGCCGCGGGCGGGAUCAGGGCAUGGGGCCGCGGCUCCGGGACAGCCCGCACCCCUGCUCCUGCUCCUUCCCCUUCCCCGGGCCGGGCCAGAGUCUCCGGACGCCGCGGGACUGGAGUGCCAGCCGGUGUUGGAGGUGGAGCGGCGACACCGCCGCGCGGAGACCGGGCUCUCCGGCCCAGCAGCCCCCUUCCUCUCCGGACCCCAUUCGGUUGGAGCCUUGUGCGCCCCGACACCCCGGCCCCUACGGCCCCUGCAAGCCUCCUUUGCUCAGAAGCUCAGGUCGCCUCCAGCCCAGGUAGACCUGGCGGGUGACCCCCUUCCACUCCUACCACCAUGCCGGGCACUAUGGAGACCCUGCGAUUUCAGCUGCUGCCCCCAGAGCCUGAUGAUGCCUUCUGGGGUGCACCUUGUGAGCAGCCCCUGGAACGCAGGUUACCGCUGCUUCAAGGCAGUGCUCUUCCUCACGGGGCUGCUGUUUGGCUCAGUGGUCAUCUUCCUGCUGUGCUACCGAGAGCGGGUGCUGGAGACGCAGCUGAGCGCUGGGGCAAGCGCGGGCAUCGCGCUGGGCAUUGGGCUGCUCUGCGGGCUGGUGGCCAUGUUGGUGCGCAGCGUGGGCCUUUUCCUGGUGGGGCUGCUGCUCGGUCUGCUGCUCGCUGCUGCAGCCCUGCUGGGCUCCGCACCCUACUAUCAGCCUGGCUCUGUGUGGGGACCACUGGGGCUGCUGCUGGGGGGCGGCCUGCUCUGUGCCCUGCUCACCCUGCGCUGGCCCCGCCCACUCACCACCCUGUCCACUGCUGUGACCGGUGCUGCACUCAUCGCCACCGCUGCUGACUACUUUGCCGAGUUGCUACUGCUGGGGCGCUACGUGGUGGAGCGACUUCGGGCCGCCCCCGUGCCCCACCUCUGCUGGAGGAGCUGGGCCCUGCUGGCACUGUGGCCCCUGCUCAGCCUGAUGGGCAUUCUGGUGCAGUGGCGGGUGACGACAGAGAGGGACUCACACACAGAAGUGGUCAUCAGCCGGCAGCGACGACGUGUGCAACUGAUGCGGAUUCGGCAGCAGGAAGAGCAAAAGGAGAAGCGGCGGAAGAAGAGAGCACCUCGGGGCCCCCACAGAGGCCCCCGGGCUCCUCCCAGGCCUGGGCCCCCCGAUCCUGCUUAUCGUCGCAGGCCAGUGCCCAUCAAACGCUUCAAUGGAGAUGUCCUCUCCCCGAGCUACAUCCAGAGCUUCCGGGACCGGCAGACCGGGAGCUCCCUGAGCUCCUUCAUGGCCUCACCCACAGAUGCAGACUAUGAGUAUGGGUCCCGGGGACCACUGACAGCCUGUGCAGGCCCCCCUGUGCGGGUAUAGCUGUGUCUCCACCUGUCUACACUCUGCAGUCACCAGCUCUGCCAGCCUGAGGAGGCCUGCCAGGCUGCUACCCUGGCCACCUGGCCCUGUGGCCUUUGGCUGUGCCUCUACCCUCCAUGGACAGGGCUGGCCUGGUCACUACAAGGGAGGAUCUGUCUCAGGCUAGGCCUGGCCUGAGUGGAAAGCCCCCUUUCAUGCUCCCGAGGGGCUCCUGAGGGACUUGGGGUACGAGCCCAUUGGGGUAUGCUCAGGGUUGUGAGUGUGUUGCCUGUGUGUGCACAUGUGUGAGGGAGUAGGCUUGGAGCAGACACUGGGCCCUUGCCUUAGAUUUCUGAUUGGUAGGCCACCCUCAGGGCUGGCCUGCCCCCCCCCUCCGCUGGGGUCCCACAGGCUGCUCUCCUGCAUGUCUGUGCGGAAGAGGCCUGCCUGCCUCCACUGUUACCCUGCUACCCAACCACUCAUUGAAGGGUUCCUGUCCCUGUCCACAUGGCAAACUGCAGCAGCCACAUCCUGAUGCCCUGGCUUCUGCAAAGCCACCAGCCUGCGAUCAGUGACAGGGGACGGGGAUGGGGAGUCCUGCCCUGAGCUGGGAUGGGGGGUGUGAAGGCAUGGGCCUUACAUGCACGGUGCAUGUCUGGUGUCUAUCAUGCCACCUGGACACCUCAUGCUUCUGUCUCCCCCACACACCUGCUUUACAUCUUUUAUAAAUGUGCCAAACUGUGUGGCCUCUGCCA